AUGACGAUGGUUAUGGAAAAUCAGAACCGUCCCUAUGGCGGCAUGGGCUUCGACAAUGUCUACCACAACCCACCACAAUUCACAGACCCCUGGGCGGCGCACACCUCUUCGCACUCGACCCCUCCCGUCUAUGCGACUUCCAUGGGCAAUGGCGCCAGCAUGCCCAUUGGUGUGAAGCAGGAGGAAGUCAACCGCACCGCCAUGUCGAUGCCAUACCCCAACAUCCCCGUGUCCGCGCCCACAAUGGUCGCCGGCAGCACUUACGCGCCCAGCUACGGACCUGAGGUUAUGGGAAUGCAACACGAGGUCCCGCGCACCACUUUCGACCAGACCCCCUCCUACACCACCGCUCCCCCCAUGAGCAGUUUCGCGCCGGCCAGCUACGCCCCCGUCAGCUAUGCCCCCAUUCACCCUUCACCCACCGAUACCCGCCGCAUCUCCCACUCCGAUGCUCGCGUGAACUCUUCUGCUUCCGCACCCACCUUCGGCGAUGCGCUGGACGCCAGCCGCGGAAUGGUCGCUCUCAGCCAGGAUCUGACCCCCCGUAACAUUUACGGCCCUGGCCCUCGUGGCGCACGCAGCUCUGCCGACUCCUACGGUUUCCCUUCCACCCACUCUUCCGCCUCCUCCAUCUCCUCCGGCGGCAAUUACCCCUACUACAGCGCCUCUGUCGGCUCCGUCGACUCCUCCGUCACAGACUACAGCUCCACCACAUCCGAGUCAUAUGAGUCGCGCACUCUUCCCCGCCCGACCAGCCUCCUGGCCGGCAGCGCCCCUCCAGGCCCGCAAUCCAUGAUGAGCCAAUUCAGCUCCAAGUUGCCUUCAAACACCCAGAAGAAGCACAAGUGCAAGGUGUGCGACAAGCGCUUCACGCGCCCCUCAUCCCUGCAAACACAUAUGUACAGCCACACCGGCGAGAAGCCAUUCGCGUGUGAUGUUGAAGGCUGCGGGCGGCACUUCUCCGUUGUCUCGAAUCUGCGCCGUCACAAGAAGGUCCACAAGGGCGAGAAAGACAGCGGAUCCGGUGACGACGACGAGUAA